GUGUAAUGUUUGUCAAGUUUCCAUUAAAGAACCGUCUGCGACUAUCGCGUUGGGUUUUUUUGUGUGCCCGAGGAGACAAGUUCAAGAUAAAAAACGUGACUCAAGGCUCCCGAAUCUGUUCGAAACAUUUUCGAUCAGAUGAAAAUCUGGAUGUCAACGCCAAUCCCCGUCUGGAACCCUUUAAUGCGCGCCCAUCAAGCAAACCCGUAAGACCGUCAAGACGAAACCCAAGACUCAAAGACGAUUCUGUUCUAGAUCCCUUAAAACCUCAAAUACACCGUAGUUGGGCUACUUCGUCCAUUCUCGUUGACCACACGCACGCCAAAAAGAGCAAUUUCUCGGAAAAUCCCCUACCCAGGUCGACAUUGCUCAAAAUGCAACAUGAUUCGGAGUUACUCGGAGAAUCUGCCACCAAACUAAAUCUUGGAUCUCCAGACAUGUCCCAAACUGAACUGCAAUCGAUGCUUGAGCUCGAACCAGAUGUCAGUAUGCAAUUUGAACAAGGCCACGGAAUUCAAUCUCCAGACAUGCCCCAAACUGAACUGCAAUCGGUGCUUGAGCUCGAACCAGACGUCAGUAUGCAAUUUGAACAAAGCCACGAAAUUCAAUCUAGAGACAUCCCCCAAUCUGAACUUCAAUCGAUGAUUGAGCUCGAACCAGAUGUUAAAAUGCAAUCUGAACAAGGCCACAAACCUCAAUCUCAACACAAACUCCAAGAACACUCUCAGCCGAUGCUCGAGUCUGAGCCUAAGCCAAAGACCACGCAGUAUGUGAAUGGGGCACUCUUAAUCAAAGAAAGUGAUUACCAACCUUUUACAGGCCGAAGGUGCUCUUCAUUCAAUGGAAACGAAGAACCCGAUCUAAAUAGUGUUAUGAACUAUAACCCUAAAUUGAAAGUCAGUUUCGACAAAGCCACCCAAACAGAAUGUCAAAACAUAAGGAACGUGAAUGAGUCGUCAUCUCUAGAGAAUGGGUUGAGAAGAAAGAACGAACGAAAAAAACGUUUGGAAUGGCUUGAAGAAAAAGAAUCUCGUCUGAAGUAUUACACUGGCUUCAACUUUAGAGAAAUGGACGUUCUGCUCGAGUUCCUCGGCCCCGAUAUUGAAUCUGUGAAGAUGUGGCAAAAUGGAUCGUUGCAUCCAAGAAGUGGCUCUAUUCCUGCUAAAGCUAAAUUAUACAUGACCUUAGAGAGAAUCCGGCAUGACUUUGGACUUGUUGAUCUUGGUGAAAGGUACGAAGUGAGUCGUCAAUGGUGCGGAAUAAUCUUCAUCACAAUGUGUCGUUUUAUCUACGAAAAGUUUUCGAUUUUGAGAGACGAUAUGUUUGUUGCCAAAGAAAAGCACCAACAAUUACCCCAGUCAUUUAGAAAUAGCUUGCUGCGAAACGUUCGUGUGGUCAUAGAUUGCACAGAAGUUUUUGUUCAAAGCAGUGAAGACUUUAGGCAACAAGGUCAUCUCUAUUCCAAUUACAAACAUCACGCCACCUCAAAAAUUCUUAUAGGGGUUGCUCCAUGUGGUGCUGCAAUGUUCGUCAGUGAGGCUUAUGAAGGUGCGAUAUCCGACAAAGAAAUUGUUGCCCAAUCCGGAUUUUUGUCUUUUAUCGAACCGGGGGAUGAAGUUUUGGCCGAUCGUGGAUUCACUAUCCAGGAAGAAUUGGCAGAAAGAGGGGCAAAAUUGAUAAUUCCUCCGUUUUUACAAGGAAGGAAUCACUUUUCAGAAGAAGAAAUCUCUGCUGCUAAGAAGAUCGCUCGAGCAAGAAUCCAUAUUGAAAGGUUUAACCAGAGGCUAAAACAAUUCAAAAUUCUGUCUGGAAUUGUUCCCCUUAAUUUGAUCCCCUUAUUGUCCCAAAUCAUUUUCAUUUGCUGCUGUUUCGUCAAUUUUCAAAUACCCUUAUGUAAUUAG